UUAGCCAAACGGGCCGCCGUCUCUGGAGCCAGGAGGGGGACCGCAGAGUCCGACGUUCCGGCGCGGCUCCCAAGACGAGACUCGGAGACGCUUUUGACUCUCCUGGGGGUCCCUCACAUCCAGGCCCCGGCGGAGGCAGAAGCCACAUGUGCCGUCCUGGUGAAAUCUGGCCACGCCUGGUGUGCAGCCACGGAAGACAUGGACGCCCUCCCCUUUGGGGCCGUGCGCCUCCUGCGGCACCUAAGCAUGAAGAAGAGCCGUCUGGAAGAGAUCUCCUUACCCACCGUCCUGCAGAAGCUGGGGAUGACCCAGGAACAGUUUGUGGACCUCUGCAUUCUGCUGGGCUGCGACUACUGCAACAAGAUCCGAGGAUGGGGCCCCAAGAAGGCCCUGAAGCUGCUGCAGCAUCACGGAAGCAUCGAGGAGAUCCUGCGGAAUACCAGUCGCCAGAGCCACCCGAUGCCGGACGGCUGGUGCCUGGAGGAGACACGGCGGCUCUUUCUGCAGCCGGAGGUGACGGAUCCAGGCCAGGUGGUGCUGGAGUGGAAGGAGCCGGACGAGGAGGGCUUGGUGAAGUUCCUGGCGCAAGAGAAGUGCAUGAAGGAGAGCCGAGUUCGAGGUCGCCUGAAGAGGUGGCGGGACACCCGCCUGAAUCUCAGUGAGGCUGCCAAGGGCAAGGGCAAGGGCAAGGCCAAGGCAAGGAAGGCAACUGCCAGCCGGACCAUGACGGAUUUCUUCCCGGUCAUGAAACGCCCAACCGUCCUAAAACGCCCAAACAAGCUCGAGAAAUAUUUUAUGGACGAGGAAUGA